AUGUUCUGUCUUUUCUUCUAUCAACAAUUCUUCCUCCUCGUGUCGUUGUUCCUUCUUUUAUUUCUUCUUCCUUUUCUUUCUUUUUCGUUCUCUUUCAUUUUUCUUUCUUUUUCUUUUUUCUUUCUUUCUUUCUUUCUUUCUUUCUUUCUAUAUAAAUAUAGUCUCUUUUCUCCGAUGGCUCUUAUUGGUCAAAAGAAAUAUAGUCUUCUUUCUUUAAGGGCUCUGAUUGGUCAAAGGAAUUAUGCUCUCUUUUCUCUGAGGGCUCUGAUUAGUCAAAAGAAAUAUAGCCUCCUUUCUCUGGGGGACCUGAUUGGUCAAAAGAAAUAUAUUCUUUCUCUGAGGGCUCUGAUUGGUCAAAAGACUUAUAGUCUCCUUUCUCUGAGGGCUCUGAUUGGCCAAAAGAAAUAUUGCCUUCUUUCUCUGAACUAUUCACACGAAUUUUUUUUCUUCUGCUUUCUGGUCGCCCUUCCUUUUAUUUCUUCAACUGUUGCCUUCGACUGUAAUCUCUUUCGCUUCCGCCCUCUGUCUCACUCGUUUAAUUUCUAUCGCACUCUCUCUCUCUCUCUCUCUCUCUCUCUCACUAUCUAUCUAUCUAUCUAUCUAUCUAUCUAUCUAUCUAUCUAUCUAUCUAAGCCUGUUCAUCUCCCUCCUUGCUUCCUCUCGUUAACUCACUUUUUUUUUUUUUUUUCUUUCUUUCUUUCUUUUUUUUUUUCUUUCUUUCUUUCUUUCUUUCUUUCUUUCUUUCUAUGUCUCUCAGUCUGUCUAUCUUUCUCUUUAUCUUCUCUCUCACUUUUCAUUUCUUUCUAUCUAUCUAUCUAUCUAUCUAUCUGUUGA